CUCGUGCGGCCUUCGGAAAGCUUCAGGCGGCUCUGACACCUCUUUGGGGAUUGCACGGUUACGUGGAUCGUUUUUAACGUUGAACAGGGUGCUCAAUAUUCUGCUCCUGACCACCACCGCCAACGAGUUACAAGUAGGAAGCCGCAACGCAUAUUGCGUAGACUGGAAAGACUUUCAAAACGGAACGCCGUCGUAUCUCAGGUUUGACAGCCUGGAAGCCACUCCGGGAGAAAUACAGCUUACUCGGACUUUAUCCACGUUGCUCCUUGGCCCGCUCUCUAAGCUGCAAGAUUCAACUUACUGGAUUGGUCCUAAUGAGCUGAACCCACGGACGGCGCUCUACUGACCGAAUCGUCGAUCUCGCGGCUGCCAAAGAUCAACUACUGUGGGGGCGCAUUCACUGAGUCAGCGUCCAUCUUAUCACUGGAUCACAUUACCCGGCCUGAAGCAGCGAAAGAUUAGUGUGCAACUGCAUCGACGCCAAGUAGGACUUCCUUCCUUUGUUGAGCGCGACUCGAACCAGCGGGUCAACCCAACGAGUGUACUAUGAGCACGCAAUCUACCGUCGAAGUGCUCUCCUCCGCCAACGCAACGCUCGCUGCCCAUGACGCGCUGCUCUCGCGCAUCCGAAACUCACAGAAGCAGCAUAGGAGGCAGUUGCGCGCCCUCCCCUCCCCACCGCAUGCGAUCCUCUCCCUCCCGCUGCUCCCGUCACCACCACCUUCUCCUUCUCCCUCUCCACCCCCUUCGCCACCUUCUAUACCCCCACACGUCCAAGUCGUCAUCCACCACAAUCCUCAGCACCACAAGCAUUCCAGACCGGACCUUCCGCCCGCAAAACGCGCGCGCCUAGCACGUUAUCGCAAUUACGUACCCGAAGAGGAGACAAUCCGGAACGACUACUCGCAACGAUACGUCGAUGGCGGCGAGUGGCCACAGAACUGGGUCACUGGUGCGGACCCUGCCCGGCGCUUUGAAGAGUACCCUAAACAAAGGCGCCUGCUGGCAUUGAAGAAAGCAUCCGUCAACGAGAACGCCCUUCCGCCAACCUAUGUCCCCUACAGCGCCCUUUCCACCCUCCUCUCACCUCUCCCCGCCCCCUCCUCCACUUCUUCCUCUCCCGCCUCUACGCCGACGCUCACUUCCACUUCCCUUCCUUCCGUCCCCGGCACGGGCACGGGCGCUAAGUUCGACGUAAUCCUUCUCGACCCGCCCUACUCAUCUUCGCUCACCUUCGCCGCGCUCUCCGCGCUCCCGAUCCCGCAGCUCGCAGCGGACCCUUGCUUCCUCUUCCUCUGGGUUGGAUCCGGCGCCGGAGACGGGCUCGAGCGCGGGCGCGAACUGCUCGCCAAGUGGGGCUUCCGGCGGUGCGAGGACGUCGUGUGGGCGAAGACGAACGCGCCGGGGCACGCCCCGGGCACGGAUCCGCCAACGACGAGCCUGCUCACGCGCACGAAGCAACACUGCCUGAUGGGCAUCAAGGGCACCGUCCGCCGGAGCACCGACGGUUGGUUCGUGCACUGCAACGUCGACACGGACGUGAUUAUAUGGGAGGGCGACCCGGUCGACCCGACGAGGAAGCCGCCCGAGACGUACACCCUGAUAGAGAAUUUUUGCCUCGGCCUGCGCCGUCUCGAGAUCUUCGGCAAGGCGCGCUCGUCGCUUCGGCGCGGGUGGGUGACCGUGCUACAGGAAGGCGAGGAUGCACCGGAGAAGUUGAAGGAGGCAGAGCGGGAGUGGGAGGAGACUGGGUACUCGUUCGGGUACGCGGAUACGACUCUAGGGACGGGUGAGGGCGCGGGCGGGCAGCAAGCCGAGGGUGAGGGCGAGGGGUGGAGCAAGCCGGUGCCGUUCGAUAGGUCAGGCUGGGAACGCGCGCUGGCGGACCUCGCGAGCGCCCACGGACAGGUCGCGGGCCCAGGGCCGAACGCGAAGUUCGUCGUGCCGAUGACACCCGAGAUUGAUGCGCUCCGCCCCAAAUCGCCCGUGCGCGGAGGAUCGGCCAAUGUCCAUCACAACUCUGGUGGCGGCGGUCCGCCGAAUAUGAAUAUGAAUUUAGGUAUGGGUAUGCCCAUGGGCAUGAAUGCAAUGAACAUGAACGCUAUGAACAUGAACGCGGCCAUGAACAAUCUGGGUGGGAUGCGGAUGGGCCCUCGACGGAACGUGCCAAUGAAUGUUGCGGGGGGGAUGGGACCGAUGCCGGCCGGGAUGAAUGCGGGGCAGAUCGGCGGGAUGGGACAGAUGGGUACAGUCCCGGGUAUGGGCAUGGGCGGGAUGGGUCAGAUGGGUGGCGUAAUAGGUCAGAUGGGCGGGAUGGGUCAGAUGCCCAUGGGCAUGGGCGGCAUGAACAUACCCAACAUGCCCGGUAUGCCGAUGGGCAACAUGGGUAUGAUACCUGGGAUGCAGGGCUUGCCUGGGAUGCAAGGCGUGCCCGGGAUGAUGCCGAACAUGGGGAUGCAGGGUAUGCAGGGCAUGUUUAUGGGCGGCGAAUUUGAGGGAGGCGUGGACCCCAACAUGAUGGGGAUGAUGGGCCAAGGCAUGGCCGGCAUGAAUGGGAUGGGUCAAGGCAUGGGAAUGAUGGGCAUGAAUCAAGGUGUAGGUCAGGGCAUGCCAGGGAUGCCGGGUAUGGGAUGGGGUGGUAGUGGUAGUGGUUACUAGGUUAGGGACAAGAGACGGUCCCUUAUUUGCGUGCAAUGGAC